AUGCUCUCUGCAGGCGACUCUUCGUCUCGGCCGAACCACUCGCGGGCUCGGUCGGCGUCUACUCCGCUCGAUAGCGUUCUUAUAGCUGCUGCCAUCGCAUCGUCCGCAGAUGCGGGAAAGACACUUGACUUUAGUCUCAAGAAUAUUGGAGAUGUCAGCGAGGAGGCUACCGAGGAGCUUGCACGCAUAGGAAGAGACGACCUUGAUGCCGAGGGCAUAGUCACUAGACUUGCACUUUCGAAUAAUUAUCUGCGAAAAUUACCCUCCAAUUUUGCAUCGCUCUAUCGCCUGAGAUACCUCAACCUGCGUGCGAAUGCAUUUGUGACCUUUCCAGAAGUGGUUACCAAGAUGCCCUCACUGGAGAUUCUCGACAUUGGAAGGAACAAGAUCCCGCUUCUUCCAGUCGACCCAGGCACUCUUGUGAACCUUAGGGUCUUUUCGCUAUCUAAAAACAGAAUAACCAAGUUACCUGGGUACUUUGUCGAGUUCAAGAAUCUGAAGAUGCUCAAAGUAGACAACAACCCGAUAGAAUGGCCUCCUGCAUCAGUUGUACAGGACAAAAUUCCCCAGACGGACAAGACCGAUGACAUGGUCAAGUUCAUUACCCAGCUCAAGCAGUGGUACACCACCAACGCCUCGCCCAGGAAACCCGGCGCUGAACAGUCAAGAAGAGCACCCAGCAGAUCUGGCCAAGCGAACAACGUCGGCGAAUCGCGGACAACAUUUGGGCGCCCUGCCCACGGCCGGAACGUUUCUGAGGAUUCGGUCAAUUCCGAAUAUUCAGUUACCUCAGAGUAUUCAUUGGUUGAUAACGUUAAUUAUGUCGCCGGAGAGACGCCUGCGCUGGCUAUUUCCAAGAAACCCCAGCCGACAAGGUCCGAGCCAGGCGGGUCGCCAGAUACAUCUGUCCCUACGCUCGAUGAGCCCACACCUUCCUCUUCAUCGAGUUAUCACGGGCGAAAUGCGUCGUAUUCCGCUGAUAGUCGACGACCUGCGGCUUCGGUGGGUAACCUAGCUGCGAAACAGAGUCUUCCGGAUCUACGAAAAGGGUAUAAUCCCAAUGGAACCAUCAAACCGUCGGGUAGGAGAGCUCGCGAACCUUUAAGCGGGCCUUUCUCUUCAACUCCACGGCAAAAUGGCGCGUCGACCUCCGCCGCCGGAGUCACUUCACCUCCACUUCCAUCGCACUCAACUCCGAUUCACCAGGCCGAGACUUCCCCUCCUCCAACGGGGAUCGUUCCUGAAACGCCCAUGGAUGGGGUCCGAAACUCGUACUUUAGGAGGCUCUCGACUAUCCCUUUUUCGGUUUCUGCCCCGCCCCUUCCUCAAUCGCUCCUCCAAACAGUCGAUGCAAUUAGGGGUAUAUUGUUUGCUGUCUCCCAGAUCUAUUCAGCCAUACAACAAUACACCAACGUGAUAGUGGAACGUCGAAUAGCCAAUAUCCUAGUUCGGGUCCUCGAUCCGGCCAAAAAGGCAAUGGAUACGCUUAUUGGCGCUCUCGAGCGAUAUGAUUCGACUGCCCGGCGAGCUGUCCCAAGCGCAAUGGAAUGUCGUUCGGUCGUCGAGGCAUGCCAUGAAAAUGUAAGCGUAUGCUGCCGAGUUGUUGCGAUGCUCCAGCUGCAGCUCAAGGUUCUGGCUGCAGGGGCUGGUGGCGAUGUGCGUUUUGCGCGUCACUUGCUGUUGAUGUUGUAUGGAGGUGUUGCCGAGGUUGUGAACUCUUGGCGCGAUUUGAUGCCCCAUUUGGCCGAGGUUAAGGAAUAUCUUGCCGAAACCACUGUAUCGCCCAUACCAACCAUUUCCUCCAAAUCUGGGUUGGGACUUAGUAUGGCACCGGGUACUUCUGGGCCAUCGUCAUCCAGACGACCUAUCUCUCCCAUUGAAGAGCAUACAGAACCACUCAAUUCUACUAUUGCACGAGAGGCCGAGUCGGAGUUAGAAUCCGCUCCUACCUCAGCUCGAUCCGCACCCCAGUCUAACCAGGCAUCUGGCUCGCGCGACCUUAAGCUGAGCACUCUCAGCAGGGCCCUCACGUCUUCACCUAUGGAUUCUCCUAUGAGUGCCGGCUCCGAGGCCCCUGUCGCACAAUCAUCUCCUACACCUCUACGGUCUGCGCUCAAAAAUUCCAAUGCCAACGGGUUGCAUGCCGAUCAGUCGGUCACAUCAUCUCCAAACCAUUCAAUAUCAGGUCGCUCAGCGUCUCGCGAACAGAAUCUCUCGGACACGACUGGUUCACCGCUCAUGCGCACUACCGCACGACAAGCACGUCGUGCGCCAGGUACAUUACUCGCACCAUCCGAGUCACUACAAGGCGUGGACGAAGAUUUGCUCAAUACGGCUGAAAAGGCGGCUGCCAUAGCAUCUGAAAUGUGGGCUUUGUUAGGCGCGACGAUUGAUUCUGCGCGGUCCCAGGGUGUGGGUAAGGGCGUGAUUGCUCCUGUCGAUGAGGGCCUGAGCAAUGCACUUGACGCGACGUCCAAGUUACGAGCCGCCCUUCGUGCUGUGCGCGAAGGAACUGGGAAGGAAGCCGGCCGGAAACCCCUGUAUGAAUUUGCUACGUUGUUUGCCAAGACCGUUACCCGAGCUAUUGUCCUAUUGAGGACUUUCUCCAGCGCAUAUCCAAUUUCCCCGUCUCUGCGAAAUUCAGCUCAGCGCGUAACACAGGCAACGCAAGAAACCAUCUUCUUCCUCCAGGCAUCAUCGUUUGCUCCACCGCCCUCCGCACGACCGACUACUCCGGCGUUCGCAGGUGGUCUAGGUUUGGGUAUUUCAGAAGCAGGAGAGGGCCACAUACGUGCAGGGUCUUCUCUCUCGCGAAGUCGGAGCGCAGCUGUUGGUGGUGUGGCACCAUCACAAUCUUCCGGCCCAACACCCAUCCCAGGAACACCGCGCGACGUUCCUUGGAGCGCGAUGCCCGGACAGUCCUUCAAGAGUGACGAACAUAUGACCGUGCAUCACCCGACACUCAUCGGCCGAACUGGUGCGCAAAUGAUCUAA